CUUCUACAGGUGCCAGGAGAGUCCUGACAGUGUAGGCGGAUGUGUGAAGGAGAAGCAGGUGGAUUCCAGAGAAAGUUGGAUUACUGAAGAAAACGCAACAUUUUGAUGAAGGCAAAGAACUUUCUCUGACUGGAACAAGGCAGGGAAAUGAAAGGAUGUUUUUGUUGCAGUUGCCCUUGAAGAAGGUCACCAGUAUAAGAAAGGAGAGACUCCAAGACAAAAACAGAGCCCAAAAGGAACAAAUGCCAAGAGCCGUUUAACCUUUGAACAGCUCAAUUUGACACUUUCUACAGGCUUCCACGCAGGAACUGGUUUGGCAGGAACACAUGAGGACUCAGAUAUAUUUGCUUGUGCAUAUUGACUUGCAUUUCUUACUUCAAAAAACCCCCCCCUCAACCCACGUCACAGCGCAUCAGCAUAAGGGGCCAGAAUGCAGACCCCGGGACCCGAGCACGACGAUUUCUUCGACUACCUGUUCAAGAUCAUCCUGAUCGGAGACUCCAACGUGGGGAAGACCUGCGUGGUGCAGAACUUCAGGUCGGGGGUGUUCUCGGAAAAGCAGCAGAACACCAUCGGAGUGGAUUUCACCGUUCGCACUUUGGAUAUAGAGGGGAAGAAAGUGAAGAUGCAAGUGUGGGACACAGCAGGACAGGAGAGGUUCCGAACCAUCACCCAAAGUUACUACCGCAGCGCUCACGGCGCCAUGAUCACCUACGACAUCACUAAGGGCUCCACCUUUGAAUCUGUGACGGACUGGAUACAGGAAGUGGAACUCUACGGGGCGACCAACGUGGUCUUGGUUCUUAUUGGUAACAAAUGUGACUUGGAGGAAGAGCGGGAGGUUCAGUUUGAGGAGGCCUGCAGUCUGGCAAAAGAACGAGACAUACUGGCUGCCUUGGAAACAUCUGCAAAGGAUGGUCAGAACGUGGAGGAGGCCUUCAUGAUGAUGGCCAAGGAGCUCCUGUCUCGUAACGGCCUUCAGGUGCAGCAGGAAGAGCUGGAGAGCUAUGGCAGGCCCAGAGUUCUUCUCAGGACUAACUCCCGUCCGGUUAAUGGCACCGCGGGCAAGUUCUCGGCUCCUGCAGACAAGAAGUCCUGCUGUUGACCAUGUUUUGGAGGAAAGUGUCAGGAUGCACGAAGGUGGAAUUAGCAGAGAACUUUAUGACUCUGCAGUCUGAGGAGGAUUGUGUUUGACUCUGUGACCUCUCUCUCACCUGAGAACCAGUGAAAGCGGAAACCGAUCAUUGGAAGAUGUGUGAUGACAUCAUGCCCAGUGGAUGUAGAUUUCAGUCAGAUCCGCUGCUCAUUGAUCCAAAGCGAAUAUUCUGCUUCAAUUCUUAAGCAAUAAAGCAAUACCUAGUUGUUGACUGAGCAUUUCAUGGAAGCUGCUUUCAUACCCAAUCAGGGCACCCACCUGUUCCCAAGUAUCCUGUUCACCUGUGGGAUGUUCCAAAUAAGUAAUUGAUGAGCAUUCCUCAACUUUCUCAGUCUUUUUUGCCACAUGUGCCAGCUUUUUUGAAACAUGUUGCAGGCAUCAAAUUCCAAAUGAGCUAAUAUUUGCAAAAAAUAAAGUUUAACAGUUCGAACGUUAAGUAUCUUGUCUUUACAGUGUAUUCAAUUAAAUAUAAGUUGGAAAAA